GUGAUGGAGCGCUGGCGGGGCAGAGUAGCUCUGGUGACCGGAGCCUCGGUCGGGAUUGGGGCGGCUAUAGCCGUAGAGCUGGUCCGGCUCGGCAUGAAAGUGGUGGGCUGCGCCAGGGACAUCGGAAAACUCCAGAAACUGGCAGCAGAGUGUCAGAGCGCCAGCUACCCGGGUGUUUUGGUGCCUUUCAAGUGCGACUUGGCCAAAGAGGAGGAGAUUCUGGCCAUGUUUGCAGUGAUCAAGGAGCAGCACAAAGGCGUGGACGUGUGCAUCAGCAACGCUGGCUUGGCUCACCCAGAGCUGCUGCUAAACGGCAAAACCAGUGCCUGGAAAAACAUGUUGGAUGUGAACGUUCUUGCACUGAGCAUCUGUGCACGUGAAGCUUAUCAGUCAAGGAAAGAGAGAGACGUGGAUGAUGGGCACAUCUUAAACAUAAACAGCCAGUGUGGUCAUCAAGUGUUUCCUAAUGCUGAUGUACAUUUCUACACCUGCACCAAGUAUGCUGUAACUGCACUGACUGAGGGCCUGAGGCAGGAGCUACGUGCUGAAAACACUCAUAUCCGGGCCACAAGCAUUUCUCCUGGCUUUGUGGAGACAGAAUUUGCAUCACGCCUCUACAGAGAUAAUUAUGAUAAAGCAGCUGCUUUAUACACUAAAUAUAAGCCUCUGGAAGCAAAAGACAUUGUCAGUGCCAUCACAUAUGUGCUCAGUGCCCCUCCUCAUGUUCAGAUUGGGGAGAUUUUGCUUGAAAGUCUGUAGCAGGUGUCAUGCAACUUGGCCGUGAGACCC